GUAGAAGCUGAAAGACCCACAGGGAGAUGGGAGCCAUGAGCAGCAGAAGGCAUAAAGCAGAGAAAGGCACAAGAUAGAAACAGUGGGUGCUGCCGCUGUUCCUGGGGUGACAGCUGGACCAGAGUGGGAGAGCCAUGCUCCGAGAUGCAGCUCUGCAGGGCUGAGGUUUCUCUCUGCCUCACCUCUCAACAUAGCAUCCCCGGGGCACCAACCCAUUGCUUCUUCACAAGACCCAGGACACCAAACAAAGGCUUAGCUUAUUUAACUGACUUAUUCUUAGCACAGGUGCACCUGGGAGAUGUUGCGGGUUCGGUGCCAGACCCCUGCAGGGAAGCUAAUAGUCAAUAAAGCGGGUCCAAGGAAUGUUUUGGUUUCCCAGUGCGUGCGGGUUACGAGCGCGCUGCGGCGGUCUGCGGGCUGUGCAGUAGCAUUACGUCCGCAACGACCACGUGCAGGCCUCGGUUGGACGAGCCCUCCCUGCGAACGUGCUGCCCGCCCCCCGGAGCGGUCAGCGGGUCGGUCUUCCCGCGGGUGGAGGGUGUGGGCGCCGCCGCCGGCCGCUGAGCCCUCCGGGUGCUGGGCGCUGGAGGCUGCUUCAGACCACCGUGCGGUUCGCCGCCCCGACGGCUCGCCCGUCACGCGCGCUUUCUCCGCGGCGGCCGCGGCCGCCCGGGGGCCCUUCACCCCCCAGGACAGCUGCCUUCGGAAUGGGAGUCGGUCCUCUCUGGCCCCGCCGCCGCCUCAUCAGCCGAGCUGCUGUCCUGUGCUGGCUCCUUCUUCGUCUCCCUUCCCCCCGCCACGCCCGCCCCGGGGAGGGGACUCGGGAAACCCCGUGCUUUGCUCGUCCCGGAGCAGCACCUGCUCGGCCGGGCCCGUUUGCUCCUGAGCUUGCGGCACGUCGGUCCCCGCUUCAGGCCGCGCUCCCCGUUCUGCUCUCCCGCUGCCGCUUUGUCGUCCCGGUUCUAGAGCACAGGCGGAGCCGACGUAGCCUCGUUCUUCAGCCCCCGACGGGUUUCAGGACGGUCCCCGAGCGCCGGCUUCAACUUCAGGUCACCGGCCGCGUUAGCCCCGCACGAGAGGGCGGCCUGUCCUUCGGGGCUUGGCAGCCGGGCGCUGCCUUCUCCUCUCCGGCUGUGGAGGUCCCGGCUGACAUCUUCUUCCCAGAGAAGGCUGCUCCGUCUACGCUGAAAAUCUGGUGUUUAGCGCGGCCCCCUUCAUCGCGUGGCUUAGCUAGACCUUCUGGAAAGCCGGCCGCUUCGCCGCGCUCUGCCGUGUUACGGAGACGGCGUCUUUCCCGGAGCCUCCUGCGCCAGCCUCCGCCAGCGUCAGGUUUCCUUCCGCGGGUCUCCCCUCCCCGCCGCCCUCGACCGGAGGAGAGUCGGGCCUUGCUCUGGAUUAGGCUUUGGCUCAAGGGAAUGUGUGGCCGGUGUGGGCUCCUGUCCAGACCACUGUCCCCGUCCCCAGGCCAGCGAUCAGCUACACGUCAGGCAACACGCGAGGUUCUGGAGAGGGAAAGUGGGAGAUCCGACGGAACCAGCCUCCGCUCCCCUGGCCGUUCCCGCGAUUCACGAUCCCCCCACCGCGGCACCCCGCUACAAGAGCGAGCUCCAGAUCGCUAAGGAGAGAAGUUUCUAGUAGUGCGUUUAACACUGCUGUUCGAGAGACGGCAGCGGCGAGCCCCUGGGACCACGAACAGACACCAGCAGUGGCGGGGAGCUGUGGACUGCGCCCUGCACUGGGGCCGGCUUCGUGUGGCCCGCUCCUGGACUGCCAACCAGGAGACCAGUGUGUUUACCUGGUUGUUUUUUCAGGACUUGGAAAUAAAGUAAUAAAAAUCAGUAUUCCACUUUUUCUUGUUCGUGCUUAGAGUUUGAAGAACAGUUUCAUACACUGUGGAAAUGUAUCAGGGCCGUCCCAGAAAGUCCGGGUCACAACACAUGUGCUAGAGCGCUACUGAGGGGCAGCGUGUUCUUCCGACCGCCUCUGGACCAAUGUCUAACAGAGACUGCCCUUCAACAUCGGGGCACAUUAGAGCCCCCCGGGGGGGGGGGGGCUGCUAUAAUGCACAUUCCUGGGUACUACUCUUCAGAGGCCACCGAGCAGGUCGGACGUGGAGCCCAGGCAUGGGCAGAAUUAACAAGCUCCCCAGAGGGUUUGUGUGGCAGGUGAUCAGGAUUUUAAAACUGUUUAGUAUGACCCUCUUCCCAGCCCCUUAUCAAUCCUUUGGGCAAACAAUGGCUGAGUCUAUGGUCUCUAAAUUUAUUAAGUUUGAUAUCUGAAAUAAAGGAGGCUGUCCCCUAUCUAGAUUAAAAAAAAUCUAUCAAUCAUGGAAACAAAACGAGAAUCUGAAUAAAGGAGAAAAACUUUACA